AUGCCUUCUCAAACAAGAGCAUUGUUCGAGCUCACCAGACUCCACUGGUUUCCAGUAGGGUGCGACUUUAUGUUCUGGCCUUUCGGUUGGGCCUUCCUAUCUGUAGCCUAUCGUCUGGCGUUACCGGUGAACGAAGUUAUCAAGACUACUUUAUUUUUUGCAUUGCUGGGCAUACUGGUGCAUAGCGCAGGCUGUGUUCUAAAUGACAUGCUUGAUUGCGAUCUUGAUCGCAAAAUCGAACGCUCACGGGGUCGACCGAUCGCAUCAGGAGUUGUCAGUAGGACAAAGGCUUCGAUGCUUCUGGCUGCUCUCAUUGCCCCCCUUUUCUACUUGUUUUCUACUUGUGGCACCAAAGCUUUCACACUCGGUGUCGUUGCAUUCCCCGUUUGUAUCGUGACGUAUCCGCUGAUGAAGCGUUGGAUGAAUUGGCCCUCUUUGUUCCUCGGCUUUGCUACUAGCUGGGCCGUCCCAGGAACGUGGGUCACAAUGACUGACCAUUAUAAUUGGGGUAUGAUCUUGAACAUAGCAAUUGCGUCGUGCUGCUGGACUUGUAUCUACGACACCAUUUACGCAUGCCAGGACAUAAAGUAUGAUGAGAAGGCCGGAGUCAAAUCCAUGCCAGUCCAUCUGGGCAAAGCCAUUCGUCCUGUAUUGACUUUAUUCGAUGCAACCUUCUUUGUAUGUCUUUUGUGGGCUGGUUACUUGAACGACCAGCGCCUUCCGUUCUACAUGAUGAGUGUCCUUACCCCGUUCCUCCUGUGUCUCUGGCACAUAUGGUCUUUUGAUCAUAAUGAUCCAGGAGAUUGCUGGAAAAAAUUCACGGUGCGUCUAGCUGCCAUAGCCAUAUACCAUAAUUUUGAUAUGCAUGGUACUCCAGGCCGGUCGCCACGGCGGGGCGAUGGUUUGCGUUGGAUUGAUUGUUGA